UCGAAACGGGUUCAUGUCUCGCGCGGCCGUUGCCUCGCUUGCGAACGAAACUUUAAAACUAAAUUACCGUUCCAAUUUGAAAAUUUAAAAACACAGUGAAAGUGUUCGUUUAAAAAUAGGGCAGAGGAGAUUGGGUGACAGUUCCUAUUGUACCAAAGAGAUUAUAACUGAUAAAGUGAUAAGCAAAAUCGAUAGCACAUGUUUUUUUGGUAAUAAGUGUUGGUUUUUUUGUGAGCUAGUGAUGCAACGGGAGGCAAGUCCCGAAUGCCAGUGUAAUCAAGUUUUGCCCUGAACGAGGCUCCUCCGCGGCACGUCGGUGCAGGGUGCAAUGGAGCAUGCAUUGCAGCACCGCGAGCGGGUGGGGGUGCAGGACUUCGUGCUGCUGGAGGACUACCGGUCAGAGGCCGCCUUCAUAGACAACCUGAGGAAGCGGUUCAGCGAGAACAUUAUCUAUACGUACAUCGGCAACGUGCUGAUCUCGGUGAACCCUUACAAGAACCUGCCCAUCUACACCGAGGAGAAGACCAAGCUGUAUUACAAGAAGAACUUCUUCGAGGCGCCCCCACAUGUAUUCGCAAUCGCCGACAACGCUUACCGGUCACUGGUAUAUGAACACAGGGAACAAUGUAUUUUGAUCUCAGGCGAAUCCGGCUCAGGAAAGACGGAGGCGUCGAAGAAGGUUCUAGAAUACAUCGCGGCGAGGACCAACCACCUCCGCAACGUGGAGACUGUCAAGGACAAACUCCUCCAGAGCAACCCCCUGCUCGAAGCCUUCGGCAACGCAAAGACCAACAAAAACGACAACUCCAGCCGAUUUGGCAAAUACAUGGACAUACAGUUCAAUUAUGAAGGAGCUCCGGAAGGCGGGCACAUCUUAAACUACCUUCUAGAAAAGUCCAGAAUAGUCAGCCAGAUGUCCGGAGAGAGGAACUUCCAUAUCUUCUAUCAGCUGCUGGCUGGCGGAGACCAGGAAUUGAUGAAGCUGCUGAAACUGCAGGCGAGGCCUGAGGCCUAUAAAUAUACUACGGAUUUGAAUACACAAACUGGCCAGCGCACCAACGACGCAGAUCAGUUCCGCGUGGUCCGGGAAGCGAUGAAGGUCAUCGAGAUCAGCGCACCGGAACAGCAGGAGAUCUUCGAGAUCGUCGCCAGCAUCCUCCACCUGGGCAACGUGAAGUUCGUGCAGAACGACAAGGGAUCCGCUGAGAUCCUGACCCAUGAUGCCAAUAGUGAAAAUGUUGCUGAGCUCCUGAAAGUCAACCCAACGAAACUCCGCGAGGCGUUAACAAGUCGAACCAUCGACGCUCGCGGCGACGUUGUCAACACACCCCUAGACCUGGAACAAGCCCAAUACGCCCGGGACGCCCUGGCCAAGUCCAUGUACGACAAGCACUUCAGCUGGCUGGUGAAGAGGCUCAACUCAUCACUAGCACCAAAGGACAAGGAUCCGAGAGCAUCCGUCAUUGGUAUCCUGGAUAUCUACGGGUUCGAGAUCUUCCCUAAGAAUAGUUUCGAGCAGUUCUGCAUCAACUUCUGCAAUGAGAAGCUGCAGCAGCUGUUCAUCCAGCUGACGCUCAAGUCGGAGCAGGAGGAGUACCUGCGCGAGGGCAUCGAGUGGGAGCCCGUCGAGUACUUCAACAACAUCGUCAUCUGCGACCUCAUUGAGGCUAGGCAUAAAGGUAUAAUCUCGAUCUUGGACGACGAGUGUCUCCGCCCUGGUGACGCCAGCGACCUCAGCUUCCUGGAGAAGCUCAACCAGCACCUGGAUGGCCACCCCCACUACAAGUCACAUCGGAAGGUCGACUCCAGGACACAGAAGAUCAUGGGACGAGACGAGUUCUGCCUAGUCCACUACGCUGGGGAUGUGACGUACAACGUGAACACCUUCCUGGAAAAGAACAACGACCUGCUGUUCAGAGACCUGCAGGGUCUCAUGGCUGGCAGCGGCAACUCUAUCGUCGCCCGAUGCUUCAAGGACAUGGACCUUCUGAGCAAGAAACGCCCGGAGACAGCCAUCACCCAGUUCAAGAACUCCCUGAACGAGCUCAUCAAGAUCCUCAGCUCCAAGGAACCCUCCUACAUACGCUGCAUCAAACCCAACGACUUCAAGAUGCCCAUGCAAUUCGACGACAAGCUGGUGUCUCACCAGGUAAAAUAUCUCGGUUUGAUGGAGAACCUGCGCGUGCGACGCGCCGGCUUCGCUUACAGGAGGACCUACGAUGCCUUCCUUGACAGAUACAAGUGUUUGAGCUCGGAGACGUGGCCAAACUUCCGCGGGCCGGCGAGAGAUGGCGUUCAGAAACUGGUGGAGACCAUGCAGUAUGAGAAGGAAGAAUACAGGAUGGGCAACACGAAGAUCUUCAUCCGCUUCCCGAAAACCCUGUUCGACACGGAAGACGCGUACCAGCUGAAGAAAAACGACAUUGCGACCAUCAUACAGUCGCGCUGGCGCGGCUACUGGCAACGCAAGCAGUAUCUACGCAUGCGCGCCGCCGCCAUCGUCAUACAGAAGUGGGUGCGCCGGUUCCUUGCGCAGAAGCUUAGGGAAAGAAGGAAGAAGGCCGCUGACGUCAUCCGGGCGUUUAUAAAAGGCUUCAUCACGCGUAACGGUCCGGAGACGCCAGAAAACAGGCGGUUCCUGGGCAUAGCGAAGGUGCACUGGCUGAAGCGGUUGUCCACACAACUGCCCAAGAAGCUGCUCGACUUGUCCUGGCCGCCGUGUCCCGCCACUUGCCAGGAAGCGUCGAAGGAGCUGCACAGACUGCACCGCGCCCACCUCGCAAGGAAGUACCGCCUCGCGCUGUCUCCCGCAGACAAGAAACAGUUCGAGCUCAAAAUACUGGCUGAGACGAUGUUCAAGACCAAGAAGAACAGUUACCCGUCCAGCGUGGGCGACCGCUUCAUGGAAGACAGGCUGACUGCCGAGCACCAGGUGCUGAGAAACACCUUCAUGGCGUCGCCGGCUUGGCCUUCUGGCGAACAGCUUAUUUAUUCCUGCGAAGCAGUGAAGUACGACCGUCGCGGAUACAAGCCACGCGCGCGCAGUUUGCUGGCCUCAGACAAGGCACUGUACGUCCUCGACGCUGCUGGACGCAAGACAUACAAGCUGAAACAUCGCCUGCCCUUCGACAAACUCAGGGUCGUCGUCACCAACGAGUCCGAUAGCUUGAUCCUCAUCAAGAUUCCACAGGAGCUGAAGAAGGAUAAGGGUGAUCUGAUCAUCUCGGUGUCACACCUGAUCGAAGCGCUGUCUAUCGUCACUGACUACACCAAGAAACCCGAAAUCGUCGAAAUUGUAGACACCAGGACGAUCGCCCACAACCUGGUGAACGGCAAGCAGGGUGGCACCAUCGAGGUAACCAACGGCCCACAGCCGACCAUCCACCGUGCCAAGAGUGGCAACCUGCUUGUGGUCGCAACACCAUGAAAGAAUUGAUCAGUAUUUUGAACAAAGUUAGGUAUUUAAACGUAACAACGACUUUUAUACUUCAUCGAAGCUAGUUCAAUAUUUCCAUUAUAUAAUUUAUUUGUUAAUUUAUAAUUGUAUUUAAAAAAUAUGUCGUUAUAUAAACUUCGUAAAUGUACGAUAGAUUCUACCAUAUUUUUGUUAACUUUGCAUUUUCCGGGAACUUGGAAAUUCCACAGCCAUACCCUUAAAAACAACAACAAAGAUAAAGAAUAGUGGCAAGAUUUAAAAAAAAUCGGGUUUUUUUUAAAUUAUAUUAUGAUGUACUUUUCUAUUCGAAAUGUUGUUAUUUAUAUGAAUUUGUAUGGAUUAACCGUUUCUUUAUAUUCAUCGAAGUAAUUUAAGUGUGAUAAUGAUACCUAAUAUAACUGUUACGUACAAAGUACUUAUUAUAGAUUUUUGUAUGCCAUAAAAUUGAAAGGUUUAAGUAUUGAAAUGUGUCAAGCAUAACAUAACACUGUGUAAACAUUAAUGUAAUGUACUUAAUGUAAUAUAAUUAGGUACGUACCUAAAUACAAAAAAAAGGUUAUAACUUGUUGGUACUACUCUUCUAUAACCAGACCACCGGACGCCAGGGUUGAUGAGGUUGAUCAGCGACCUAAAAAGCCAAAAGGAAAUCUGAGUGUUUUAACACUAGAGCGGUUCCAUAUCGCCACAGAUAUUCAAUCAAUCAAUUAUUAAAAUUUAUUACACUACUCUAUUAUUUUUAUUUUAUUUUAUUGAUAUUAUUUUUCAUAUUCUUGACACAUUUCACUCCAUUCAUGUAAUUUGUAAGCUGAAUCGAAGGUGCCUAAUGAAUGAUAAGAAAAAAAACAGUUAGUUGUAGCUCGUGUAACUAAAAAUGGAUACGUCAAAUACGAUAAUAAAUAAUUAUUAUUCGAUAUUUAGAGUACGCGCAACGAAACAAGUCCCGCGGAUUUGAAUGGAACUAUUUGACAAGUCAUACAAAGUAACCUAGAUAAAUUAUGAAAUUCUGUCUAAAUAAAAACAGAUCUAAAACUGACGAAAACAUUUUCUUUUGUCUAUUUUUAACUUGAAUCAAGAAAAAUGUAAUAAUAAGUUCGACAUUUUAUCAUGUUUUUAUCAUGUGUUGUUUUUUUAUACAAAUUCCGUAGUAAUUUCGUAAUUUGACGUUUAGUAAAAAGUUACUGAUUUGACUAGUCGGGAAUUAUGAAGAUACUGCAACAACAGCGCCGCGGCCGAGGGACUUGUUUUGUGGCGCGAACUCUAGAUUUGAUUCGAACCGAGCGCAACGUAGAGUACUAUUUUUGAAUAUUCUAAUUAUUAUUAAUAUUAUAAUUAUUUUUCUAAAGACCCGUUUUCCCGCCAAGUAGUAAUAUGUGUUAUUUAACACAUAAACAACCUAUAAAUUGCCAAAACCUAAGAAAAGAAACAGCCUUUAAAUGUAGUCCUCCCGUUAAUUCAAUCAAACAGAAUCCUUCUACAUGGUGCAAGCACGGUGCAGCUUAAAAUCAAUGUAACUGUUGCCUCAUGACAAUUGCGAAAAAAAAAACAUUAUAGAAUCCUAAAUUCCGCACAUUCUAAAAUUAAAAAUGUAUUUUUUGCUUUUCCACACUAAAUACGCAAAUAUUAUCUACGCUUCGCUCGGUUUGAAUAUUAAAGGUUACAAUCGAAUGAAGUGGGUAUAUUUUCAUACUAGUUCUUGGGAGAUAGCAGUUACAAAAUACCUUUAAUAAAAAUAGUACAGGCUUAAGUUAAUAUUUUUUUAUUUAACUUCCUAUUCCAUCUUUACAUACUUACAUCACAUUUUUGAAUUGAGUUAUGCCAAUUCUAAUGAAACGUGGAUAAAAUAUCGAUUUAAUUUGACAGUUCGGAAAAUAGCCCCGUCCUUCACUUAUGAUGAGUUGAAAACAGAGAUAGAACGAGAUUUAAAACUGUCAAACUGAAUAGGUACCUUAGUUAAAUUGAAUUAAGUUUAUAUCUGCUUGAGGCACCUUACCUUAGUAGGUCUAAUCCUUUUAUAUUCAAUGUUUUCAUAGGCUUAUUUACGAUUAAAUUAAAUGGUAGAGAAUGCGCCACGAAAGAAAUCCCGCUGAUUUUAAUGUAACUAAUUGACAUGCUAUGAGUAGUUCUUCGAACUCCGGGCGGCAAUAUCAUGACCAUUUACGCAAAAAAUAUCCUAAAAUCUUUGGUCUUUUUGCAAAUAUCCAGUUGGAACUUACAUAAGAUGGUGACAUACAGAAGUUUUAACUGGAUAUUUGCAAAAAGACAAAAGAUUUUUGGAUAUUUUUGCGUUAACGGUAAUGAUAGUGACUGCAGGUAUUCGAAGAACUACGCAAUAAUUCUAUGCACAUAGUGCAACACUAGCGCCGCAGCCACGGGAUUUUAUUCGUGGCGCGGACUAUGUUUCCUUUGUAAUACAAACUGCUGUCUUCUUCGAAUUUAAGAUAGUUCGGCCAUACUUUAGAUACAGGCUUAACGUGCCUUACAAUGUAAGCCAGUUCCUUUAAAAGUCAUUUUAUUAAAUAAACUUAUUUUGAUAUA